GUCCUCCAUUCAGAGGCGAGGGGUAGGCUAGGAGACAGCGCUUCAGUUUUCAGGCAAAGUGGAGCGCAGCGCACUGCAACAGACUGGAGCGCAUUCAUCCAAGGAAUACCGUUAGCUAACUCCGUAGAAACGGAGAAAUAUUUUGGAAUCGUGCAGGACAAAGGAAUUUACGAGACGAAUUAUAAAGUCCCUGUCUUUCUGGAGAGUGAGAAGAAAAUGAAUCGGAGUUUUAGUAAAACACGGUCCUUGCGGUACUUGACUUGUACUGCUGUCGAAGUUAAGAGCAAGUAUGGGGCGGAAUUCCGGCGGUUUUCUGUGGACCGAUCAAGACCUGGGAAAUUUGAGGAGUUUUACACUCUUGUCCUGACCUUGCACCAGCUGACCAACAUGGAAAUGAUGAUUGGCUAUGCGGAUGUCCAUGGUGACCUACUUCCCAUUAAUAAUGAUGAUAAUUUCUGCAAGGCUGUGACCAGUGCCCAUCCUCUGCUCAGAGUGUUCAUACAGAGACAAGAAGAAGUGGACUACAGUGACUUUGGUGGGAACACCCUGGCGCGGCGGAAGAAGGCGGCGGGGAUGCUGCGCAGCGAUGUGGCCCGCAAGCAGCCGCAGCUCCGCAUCGGCGUGCCCCAGGACUUCCGGCCCGUGUCGUCCAUCAUCGACGUGGACAUCCUGCCCAAGUCCCACCGCCGGGUGCGGCUGUACCGCCACGGCUCGGACAAGCCCCUGGGCUUCUACAUCCGGGACGGGACUAGCGUGCGGGUCACGCCCCACGGCCUGGAGAAGGUUCCGGGCAUCUUCAUCUCGCGCAUGGUGCCCGGCGGGCUGGCGGAGAGCACGGGCCUUCUGGCCGUCAACGACGAGGUGCUGGAGGUCAAUGGCAUCGAGGUGAUGGGCAAGUCACUGGACCAGGUGACGGACAUGAUGAUCGCCAACAGCCACAACCUGAUCAUCACGGUUAAGCCGGUCAACCAGCGGAACAACAUCAUGCGAGGCAGCCGCAUGUCGGGCAGUUCAGGCCGGUCCACGGACAGCAGCGGCUCCGCUGGUCACCCGGGCCUGGGGGCGGGAUCUGGCAGGCUAGCGGUGGACGAGCUGGAGAGCGAGGAGGAGUCUGACAUCGUUAUCGAAAGAAGCCUCAAACAAUCGGCCCGGCGCUCUAGUGCAUCUACAGCCUCCAGCGUCUCCCGUGGCCAGAACCAAGCCCAGCGCAGCUCCCUCCACCGCCCGGCCUCAGCCGUCAUCAGCCGCAGCGCUUCCAUCCACUCCCAGUCUAGCCUCAACGGGACAGCCGAUGGCAGCCUGAGCUUUAAAUCGCACAGAGACCCUGCUUACAAAAGCAGCCCUGCCCUCAGAGAGAGCAACAAUAGCCUGCACCAGAUCCUCCACACGCUGCGGACAGACCCGCGACAUAGCCUGGCACUGCCUAGCGGGGGGGUGGAGGAGGAUGGCACUGUCAUCACGCUCUAGAACCCCCCCUCCCCAACCCCCAACCCCCAACACUCAUGACUGACUUUCCACAGACUGCUGUGUGAAUCUGGGGGAAAACAUCUGCACUUUUCUAAAUAACAGAAACACUUUUACAAACUUUGGCUAAUACAGGCUUUUUGUAUGUGUAAAUAUUUUGGUGUUCUAUGAAUUAUCUUUUUUAAACAAGUGGAUAUAUUUUUAACAGCGUUAUAUGCAUCUAGUAUGCAUCAUUUUAGUGCAUUGUAAUGUGAAAGGUAUUUUCACUCAUGUAAAAUGGGACCAACAAUCAGGGCCUGUUAAAGCAUUUACUUUUAUUCAUAUUUCUCAAAAGUUCUGUCAUUACUCUUGGUGGGUUCCUUUAUUAGGGCAUUUAAACAUAACAUUGGAAGUUAUGUAUGAACAUUUCAUAUCAUAAGUGUAUUUUAGUAUAAUGAGUAGUAGUCAGUGUUCCAGUGCUGUCAAAUACACUGGGCUGAAAAAUUUAGUCUUGUGGUGUGCGGCCCAUUACUGAAAUAAGGUUUCAUUCUCUGUUCCAGACUUAAAAGAUUCAUCUUUUUAAAUGAUAAAACAUACAGGAAUUCUGCUUUUGGAUCAUGCUUGUUUUUAAAUCAGACAGAAAAGCAAACUGUUUUCUCAGUAUUAUGGGGAAAGGGGGCCUCUUAACUCCUGACAGUUACCUGCAGUGUGUACCUUUGGGCUUCCUUAGCUGUGAAUUUACCAGGAGCCUAAUGAGAUUCAGGAGAAAUAUGUUUCUGUUGUAAGUUUCUGACUACAAGUGAAACUGAAACAAUCUCAUACAAGCUGUAUGGUGUAGGUACAAAUCCAGUCCUACAUAUUUGCAUGGCUUAUUGAGAUAAUGUCACUUUUUAUUGCUGUAGUUUUUAAUGAGCACAAUUUGACUCAGAUUGGUGGCCUGUCCAGGGUAUAUUUCUGUCUUUUGCCCAAUGCAUGCUGGGAUAUGCUCCAGCACCCCCAGCAACCCUGCCCUGGAUAAGCGGGUAUAGAUAAUGGAUGGAUGGAUAAUUUGACUCAAACAAAGGGAUAAACUUCCAGUUUGAGGCAAAUAUUGUGUCCUUUUAAAAACUCAUUAAUUCACAGCAAGAUGGCAAUGUUCAAUUUAAUUAACCACAGACCAGAGUUGUAUUCAGUAAUGUGGAUAGUGGUCUUAAAUGAUAUUCAAAAAGCCAUACAGUGUUUGGAGGUAUUGUCUGUGUUUUAAAGGAGCAAUUUCCAGAUAUGCAGAAAUGCAGAAAGUUCCUUUAAAUGUCUUUUUUAAAAGCAAAUAAAAAUGUUCCAGUUCCAGCACUCAAUAUUAUUGUAUUGAUAACCACUGUUUUAUUUGUAAAUGCCCCAAAUUGAUUGUAUGUCAGUCCAUGAUCUUUUCAGGUAUCGAUUCCAUGGGUUAACGAAACUCAAGAUGUUCAAAGGUCAAGAGCAAAUGUUAAUUUCAAACUAAACAAUGUCACGUCCUCGUGGACAGAAGUGUCAGAGACUACCACCUGCUGGUAGGAGGGAUAUCAACUCUGCUUCAGCUCCACACAACCUUCCCAUGGCAAAAUAUUACAUAUUUUUAUUUAUAACAAAAGUAUCUGAGAAUUUAGCUGGAAAAAUUAUUUUUAUAUGUAUGUCUAAAUUCUCCAGUGUCGUUUCAUUAUCCAUUGUGUCUGUUUUUAUUCACAAUGUUUAAUGUCUUGCGGAAAAGUUAUAGUGAUCCUGAAAUUACAUAAAUUUAAUUAUGCAUUGUUGGUACGACAAGGUUUUUUUGUCUUGGUUAAAUAAGGCCUUCUUCUGAUUCAGUUUAAUCGACUUCACAUUACGUUUAAAAAUGAUUAGGUCUUUCAUUUGGACAUUUGACUUGAAUUACGGAUGCAUUGUUAUUCUACUACAUGUAAAGGAGAAAGAAUAUGUCAAUAUUCAUAUAAUCCACAUGGUCAUAGAUGGAAUUCCUGACACAUUAAGUACGUGUGAUGCAACUAUGAACCUUAUACAAUGAACCAUAUAACACAAUAAUACAUUUUUCACACACAUCUGAACCACUCAUAUUUGUUCAAGUAACUUUUCUUUUGAAUCUCUUUUUCAUUACAAGUUUUGAUUGACUUUUUUAAAUACAGAUGUGGGCACACAAAUAGAAAAAAGGGUAUAGCCACAUACAUAAUUAAGGAUUACCCCAUGCCCCCCUUUCCCCCUCAGAUGACUACCCCCUUUCCCGUUUGAAUCUCUGAAAACGGUUUUCUCUGUUUUAAUUCUUUAUAAAUGUCACUUUCUUGCUUAGCAUUGACAUUAUUUUGUUUCACUAGUUAAAAAAACCAUGAUUUUUUCCAAUUUGUUUCCAUAGACAACAUUGGAUAGAGUAAUCAGUCACUAUUGGAGAUGAGCUAAACCUUUCGUCAAUUUUAAUUGUUUACUGAAAGCGAUGUACAUAAGUCCAUACCACUUUUUAUUGAAUGUAUUUUGAAUAUUUUGUAAAGAGGAGUUUUAAU